AUGUCGUGGAAGAGGGGGUGGGGCGGUGGCCGGGUGCCCGGGAGACCGACAGGGACGGGCACAGUGCCCGCCGCUUCUAUGAGGCAGCAAGUGCCUGUUAGAGAGCCACCACCACCACCAUCAUCCGGGGAUUUGAAAAUGGCGGCUGCGCAGCGAUCACCCAAUCAGGAGCAGGCGACGGUUGCUAGGGGACGAGGAGUCCCGCCCCCUCCACUGCCAGACCUGAAGCUAGAAGUGCUGAGCAACGGUGCUCAUGGUCUGAGUGCCUGUCCAGUUCUAAUUCACUGUGGCUUAUUUCAGAGGGAGUGCCUUUCCAUUCACAUUGGUCAAGCUGGCGUCCAGAUUGGGGAUGCUUGUUGGGAACUCUAUUGCCUGGAACAUGGAAUCCAGCCAGAUGGCAUCGUUCUUGACAGUCAACAGGAUCAGUUGGAAAAUUCUAAAACGAAGCACAUGAAUGCAUCUUUUGAUACCUUCUUUCAUGAGACGAGGGCUGGGAAGCAUGUGCCCAGAACACUGUUCAUGGAUUUGGAACCAACUGUUAUAGAUGGGAUCCGUACAGGAAAGUUCCGUUCACUCUUCCACCCAGAGCAGCUUGUGAGUGGAAAGGAGGAUGCUGCCAACAACUAUGCACGAGGUCACUACUCUGUGGGCUCCGAGAUCAUCAGCCUUGUGCUGGAGAGGAUCAGAAAGCUGGCAAGUGACUCUUCUCUCCUCUGAUCAGGCCAUACCUGGGCACUGGUGGUCUGCAGUAGGAUGCACCAACAUUAUCUACAGGCACCACCACGGCCACCCGAUCCUUUCAUCUGGAUGUCUUUGUGGGUGCUGAGACCUAGAAAAGGGUCCCAAUGUUGGUUAUGACUAUACCUUGUUACAUAAGAAGGGUGACACAAGGCUUUUACUUACUAGGUGGUCCCAUCUACCUUUGCUUCUACUAAUGCAGGGUUUAUCUUGCUAUCACAGACUUUUGAAGCACUCUGAAGCACAUAAUUUUCCAAGUCACCACUGCUUGUGAAGUUUUUAGGACACAGAUCCUACAUCUAGAGAUUGGUUACCCUAUUUACUGACAGUUCAUUCUUCCAUAAGGACCAAGUCUGGAGUAGGUGGUUUGGCAUAAUCAUUAGGUAACAUGAUGUCUGCUACAUCAGCGGUGUAGAUGGAAGGUUUAGAAGAGAUAGGUACUUCAAUUAUUAUUUCACUAAAAUAUUUUGCUCAUCACUUUCUUUUUUACUGAUAAAGGCCUUGCUUCUCAUCAUCUACCAAUACACUCACUCAU